CCCUUUCCUUUGGAGGUUAUUCCCCACUUCCCAAAGGGUUGUCGUUCACAUUCAUCACUUCCGUGGCCCCAAGGUGUGAAUGAAGGGUGCCAUUCUCUGAAGAAGUCAGAUCUGAGGCCAGCCUCUGGUUAAGCACCAAGGUCUCCUUCCCUCCUGCCUCCUCUGAGAGUCUCUCCUCCCACCCCAAAGCUGGGCAUUCCAUUCCACACAGUCUUCGGAAUGAGUAGGAGAUACCAAACAAUGGAACCAAUCAGGGGGUCUUUUCCUAGCUCUAACCUGCCAGAUCUUGAGCUCAGCUGAUGGCAAGAUGGAGGGAAUACUAGCAUGAAAGGAUACAAGAUGUUAGGACCUGAGGAAAAUGGCCUGCUACCCCUGUUUGGGAGAAGUCUGUGAGAUCUUUCACCGGCAUAAAUGAUUCUGAUCCUUGGAGAGAUAACCAGACUCUCCAAACAGAAAAUCACUGGCAUUUGAUCCCAAGUCUUCCCAAAUCAGGCAGAAGAGGAAUAGGAGGACGUGAGAGACAUCUUUAUCUUCUUGAGAUCUUGUGGCCUAUUUGGAUUCUUUGAAAUGAAACUCCAGUGAGGAAGAUUUAGAACUGGGCUGAACUGGCUGUUCUUGGGUGAAAUUUUUCCUCAACCUUCCCUACCAAGGGAAGAGGUCACAACACGUGGGACCAGCCACCGAGACAAUCACCACCCACCUCCGGGUCCUUCUCAUGACCUUCUUAUUCCCCAUGGAAAAAAGAGGGAGACAAAAGUCAGAGCCUGGACAUUUGCCUUGCAGGGCUGUUCUGAAGAGUUUGGGAGGGAAUUAAGGGGCAGUAACCUCCUCUGUCAGCUCCUGUAUUUCAGGUUUCCUAUCACAGAACAGCUUCUGUCCAUGUGGAACACUCUUCAUGGCACCACUACUGUGAGCCACCCAUGAUAAGUCUGUGAGUGUGGGCACCAAGUCAGAGCUGGGCCUUUUCUCCCGUUCUUUCUUUGCUUUUGGAUUUCAUCCCUCCAUUCAGGAGUAAACAGAACAGCCCUCUGCUACCCCGCAGAGCUUGUGUACAGAGACCUGACAGAGAACUCGCCCCCUUCCCUGAACUGGCUCCUUGGGGGAAUCCUCCAGGUGUCCUCAUUUGGGGACAGAGAAGAACGAACACCUUGGGAGAGGGAGGAAGAGAUCCACCUCCUCUGAUUGCCAGGAAAGUGGCCUUUCUCCUCCUGCUUCCUCCCAUGGGCAUGGGGUGAAGAGCUCGAUCAUGGUCAUCACCCAGAUGAAUAUGAAAUUCUGCUUUCGUGGAACAAAGCUGAGAGCCUUCUCCUGCGAGAUGAUCAGGUCUGCUAAUGGAUUCUUUCCAGAGACGUUCUACUCCAUCUUCUCCCAGGUCCUCUGUCCAUUUUUGCUUUCCGGCAUAGGUAUGGUGCUUGCAGGCCUGGUGACAAGUGAAGUCCAACACUGGAACGUGUUUGUAGACAUUAAAGAACUCUUAACCCUGGUGCCUUCCCUUGUGGGCCUGAAAGGGAACUUGGAAAUGACUCUGGCAUGCCGGCUCUCCACAGCUGCUAACACUGGGAUCAUCAAUGACACUCAGCAGAAGCAAAAAAUGAUCAGUAGCAACCUCGCUCUGAUUCAGGUUCAGGCCACAGUUGUGGGCCUACUGGCUGCUGUUGUUGCCAUUUUGUUGGAAUUCAUCUCUGGACAAAAAGUUGAAUUGUCCCACAUCGGGGUCCUGUGUGCCAGCAGUGUGUUGACAGCCUUCAUGGCCGCCCUUUUCUUAGGAAUAGUGAUGAUUUGUGUGGUUCUGGGUGCUCAGAAGAUUAGGAUCAACCCAGAUAACAUCGCCACACCUAUCGCAGCCAUGCUUGGAGAUGUCGUGUCCCUCUGCAUCCUGGCAGGCACCAGCACCAUCCUGUACAGAUACAUAGACAAAUAUUAUCUGUUCCUAGGAAUCUGUUUCUUUUUCUUCUCCCUGAUCCCAUUGUGGAUUUUCAUAGCAAAGCAGAGUCCCUCCAUUACCGAAAUCCUGAAGACAGGCUGGUUUCCCAUCAUCAUAGCCAUGUUGAUUAGCAGUCUUGGCGGGCUCAUCUUUAAUAAAACCAUAACUCAGAAAAAGAUGAUCGGAAUGGCUGUCUUUACUCCACUGGUGAAUGGUGUUGGGGGUAAUCUAGUGUCCAUCCAGGCCAGCCGGAUCUCUACGUACCUACAUUCCUGGAGUUCCCCUGGAGUCCUGCCACACAAUAUGAGGAGCUUCUUCCCCAAUCCUUGUCACAUUUUCUGCUCUUCAGAUAUCAACUCUGUGUCUUCCCGAGUCCUGCUAUUCCUGGUGAUCCCUGGGCAUCUGGUAUUCCUCUACAUUAUUUAUCUGAUAGAGGGAGAGGACAUUAAGAUGCACUCGCUGUUUGUGGUCUUUUAUCUGGUUGCUGCACUGAGCCAGGUGGUGAUCCUGCUAUAUCUGGCAGAGAUGUUGGUGAGGGUAGUAUGGCGCCAGUCCCAGGACCCUGACAGCUACAGCAUCCCUUACCUCACUGGGAUGGGGGAUCUGCUGGGGACCAGCUUCCUGUCACUUUGCUUUCUCUUUGACUCCUUCUUCUCUGACAAGAUGCCUAUGAAAAAUCUCAACGUGGUGGAACCUGGGCUUCCUUAGAAGUGAGGCAAGACAACCCAAGACAUUUAAUUCUCUGGUCUUUGCUGUGUUCAGAGUCCUGAAAGCAGAGUCCCAAUAGUCAGAUGAACAGGAUUUGGGAACCUCUUCUCCUAACACUAUCUGCCAAGAUUACCUAUGUAGACUCAUGCGUUCUUGCCUGGUAAUAGCCCAGAGCAUGUCUUGCAUAUACAUGUAGGUGCCAGUGUGAAAAGGGCUUUCCAGUGGGAAUGGUGUCAUGGAAGGACCCAGCAUGCCUUUGAGAAGUUACAGAAAUGAGAGGGAUGCUGCUCUGGCCAGAUGUCUUGGCUCCCCCUCUCAAUGGCAGUGCCCAAUUUGGAGAUCUUCAGAGCUGCUGCUUAGAUCUACCCCUUACCCCUCUGCAGCUAUUCUGACCCCAAAACAAAGCACUUCCCAAGGGGAGCACAGCCAUGCCCCUGGGCCCAACCAAGGGCACAAUAUUUCUCCCUGUUCCAACUUAUUUCAUCUCAACUUUUCCCCAAAAACUCUUGUUAGAAACUCAGUGUUUAAAAAAAAAUGCAGAAGUAAAUUAUGUAGAAUUUA